UGACGGAAGUAUUUGAUUUGAGACACACAGUGAUUGUAUUUGAAAGCAUUGCCAAGCAGGAAGUUGACGCUACCGGCAUCGUCACGGCUGCGCGGGGAGUGCUUUAAACGUUUAAGGUGCACAAUGAGGGCAGGUCAUGAGUCGUUUCUGGCCUGCGACGCGUGAGUAAAAUCGAGUGCGGUUCGUUGCUGAGCGGUAGCCACGGUUAGGUCGCCGGCAUGCUUCUGUCUCUGCUGGAUCUGUGGACAGCCUAUUGGGAGUUUGUCGCCUCCAGAGCUGACACCGUGCUCGUAUGCUCGCUCACGGCCGCACUCUGCUACCUGUGGGGCCGCAAGAGCCAGAGGCCCAUCCUGGUGUGCAGCAAGGCUUUCCAUGGUUUCCUCCAGCAGCACUGUCCCGUGGUGAUGGAGAGCUUCAGUCCAACGCCGUGGUGCUGGGGAGGCCGCCUUCAAACCGUGGUCUCUUACUUCAUCAAGUCCAGACCUUCCGUGACCUAUCGCAAUGCGCGUAUCCGCACGGCUGAUGGUGGUCAGAUAUCCCUUGACUGGGUGGACAAUCACACCAGCGCCGCCUACCCAGAAUCGUCCACCCGACCCACGGUGCUCCUCCUCCCGGGCUUGACGGGGAACAGCCAGCAACCUUAUGUGCUCCAUGCUAUCAAGCAGGCCAUGAGCCAUGGCUACAGAUGUGUGGUCUUCAACAACAGAGGCUUUGGAGGGGAAGAGCUGCUUACCCCAAAGACAUUCUGUGCUGCCAACACCUCAGAUCUGGAACAAGUGGUGCUCCAUGUCAAAACCCUCUACCCACAAGCCCCGAUAUUUGGUGCUGGUGUCUCUAUGGGAGGAAUGUUAUUGCUGAACUACUUGGGCCGUAAGGGCUCAGAGUCUGGGAUUGUGGCGGGUUUGACCGUCUCCGUCCCCUGGGAUGCGCUCAAGUCCAACGCCUCCAUGGAGGAACAUCUCAACUGGCUGCUCUUCAACAAACGACUCACGCACGAACUAUGUAAUGCUGUCCUCAGGCACAGGGAGAUUCUGGAGAAAGUAGUGGACAUUGAGAACGUCCUCCAGGCCCGUACUAUCAGGGAAUUUGAUGAACGCUUUACCACACUGCUGUUUGGCUAUAAGACAUGCUCAGAAUACUACUACGAUGCCAGCCCCGACAAAAAACUGCCUUAUAUUGCCGUGCCCAUCUUGUGUCUCAACGCGGCCGACGACCCCUUCUCUCCGCAACAUGCCUUCCCAGUGGCCAUAGCCCAGGAACUGCCCAAUGUGGCGCUUUUGGUGACAUCCCACGGUGGACACAUAGCCUUCCUGGAGGGCUGGUUCCCGCGUGGCGAGACUUACAUGGAACGUGUGUUCAAUCAGUUCAUCCACGCGGCCUUGGAACACCCACAAGAUAUCAGGAAAGCAUGCGGCCUGGAGCAGGAGCAGGAACCGGAGCAGACAUGCUUAGUCUCUGCUUGAUUAACAUGAUUGAGUCGUGCUAUAGCACAAAAACACAACCGUGGAAGUGCUUGGGUUUUUUCUUCCUCUCCAAAGAACUGUAAUGAAGAAUAACACCAUGACAAGUGUGAUCUACCUCAAUACCUCACUAUUCAGGAUACUGUGACCCAGUGACGCAGCUACGGGGCGGCCACUGGUCACUCUCUGGCCACCCUACUGGCCAUCUAGACAUUUCAGGUAUCAACUUAUUGCCACCCCUGAGUAAUAGUCUCACAUUGGUCCCCCAAUGAAAAAUGUCUACCUCCGCCACUGUUCCGACCCUCCUUGGCUGCCUCAUAAGUACAUAACGUGAUUUAUUUUUAAUUACUUCAUUUGCUAUCUCAAAUAUUUAAAGAUGUUUAUCAUGGAAUGAAGUCUUGUUGUUUGUGCACUUGUUUCCCCUUUUGGGUCGUCAAUUUUCAUUGAAAUCGAUAAUUCAUCAUUGCAUUUUGUCUUUUUAUUUAAUUUUAUUCUCACCAGAACUAAAUAUAAAUUUAUUACUUUAAG